UUCAUUUAGUUAUUUUAUUGCAGUUAGGAAACACGCUUUAAUAUGGACUCCUAGGAAGACAAGUCAACGAGAUAACGUUUUGUGAUCGGUUUUACGGGUAUUUUUGCCGUGUGUGGACCGAUUCUUAAUCUUGAAUGAUUCGAAAGAUUGUUAAUUGCUCCCCAAGUUUUUAAUUUUAAUUUAUAAAAAUGACCAAUAAAAAGCAGACGGUGACUUUGCCUUAAUGUUUUAGGUAUCAAAAGCUAGAGAAAACCCAAAACACAAGUUUGCAACUGUUUGUGCAUCUAGAGAAGAAUAAAAGUUGGAGUUGACUCUAGACGUGAUACGAUCAGAAAUACACUUACCGUGUCGGAAAGCCCCCUUCAAAUUGUUUCAUCUCUUUACGAAUCCCGAAACUUACAAAUCUUUCCUUGUUUCUUGUUCUUCCUUAGGUUUAGGCCUGAACAAGGAAUUUCGGAAAUUUGGGAUUUGAUUGAUAUAAGAGAUUCUAAGAUGGCAAAUGAUGCGGGAACAUGGGCAGAAAGGGCUACAGAUGAUAUGCUGACUGGUCCAGACUGGGAUAGUAACAUUGAACUCUGUGAUAUUAUCAACAUGGAUCCUAGUCAAGCAAAAGAAGCAGUGAUGGUGCUGAAGAAGCAGUUAGGAAGUGAAAACCCUAAAGUCCAGAUUCUUGCACUUCAUGCGUUGGAGUCUUUAAGUAAGAAUUGUGGUGAGAACGUGGCCAAGCUAAUCGUUGACUGUGAACUUUUGAUUGACAUGGUCAACAUAGUGAAGGAAAAGCCUGGCCUAAAUGUGCGGGAAAAAAUUCUAAAUUUGCUAGACAUAUGGCAAGAAGCUUUUGGUGGACGUGGUGGUCAAUACUCACAAUACUACAAUGCAUAUAAUGAACUAAGGUCUGCUGGAAUUGAGUUUCCACCUCGAACGCAAAGUAGUCCACCGUUGUUUACUCCACCUCAGACUCAGCCCGUUCUAUCAGAUGAAGAUGUUGCUAUUCAAGCGUUGCUCUUAGGAGAUGAUGUUUCUAGCCUCAGCAUGGAAGAGAUUCAAAGUGCCGAGGGAUUAGUUGAUGUUUUGAUGGACAUGCUUGGAGCACUUGAUCCCGGUAAUCCCGAGGGUUUGAAAGAAGAACUCAUAGUUGAUUUAGUGGAGCAGUGUCGUACUUAUCAAAGACGUGUAAUGACUCUUGUGAACACUACAACAGACGAGGAGCUUAUGUGCCAGGGACUGGCAUUGAACGAUAAUUUGCAAUGUGUUCUUCAGCAUCACGAUGAUAUGGGCUCUGUUACUUCAAAUAGAGGCAGCAUGACAACUCCUCCAGUUCAGCUAGUCAACAGCAAUCAUGAUGAUGACAGUGACGAAUCAGAUGAUUACUUUCAGCUUUCUCACAGGUCUAAUAGAGAGUUGACCUCGAUGCUUCCUCCUCCACCACCACCACCUACAGGGAGACCAGUACAUGAGACUGAUUCAAGCAUGGUGGAUGAUGUCAAUACUCAAGGCUCCUUACAAGGAGUAAAGCGUCCUCGUCCUCCUGCUGCUUCAUCUUCUGCUUUAGAUUAAAUUAUUGUGUCUUUAUUUUGUAAGCCUUUAUUAUACCUCAUUUUUCACCUUUUCACUUCACAUACAAGUUCUUAUUUUGAGUGUCAAUUUUAAUUUAUUUUAUUAUUCUA